UAUCAAAUUUCACAGUGACGUCGUAUUAACAGGAAGUAGCAAAUCUUUCGUCGAAACAAACAAAUGAGGGGAAGAUGAGUCGCAUCUAUCACAACACAGCGUUAAUAAACAAACCAGUGCAUAAUGAGAAACUGUCCUUCGCUUGGGAUCCUUUAGUUUACCAGAGUGGCCAUGGUGUCAUUUUAGAGGGGACAGUUGUGGAUGUGUCACGCCACAUAAUAACAGAUGUAAACAACAGAAAGGAGCGCUAUAAUAUUUUGUACAUUAAACCCAACCGAAUCCAUCGCAGAAAAUUUGAUUCUAAAGGAAAUGAGAUUGAACCUAAUUUCAGUGAAACUAGGAAGGUCAACACAGGUUAUCUCAUGUCAUCCUUCAAAGUGGAGGCAAAGGGUGAAACAGAUUUUCUCGAUGAGCACCAACUGAGUGACAUUGUGAAUAAGGACGAUCUGCUUAAAGUGACGGAAAAACAUUACCCUAGUCAGACCUUUGCUUUCUGGAUCACAGAGGCAGAGAUGGACAGAACUGAGUUAGAGACUGUUCAAGAAAUCCGUCUAAAAACUAAAGGAGAUGGGCCCUUUAUUUUUUCCUUCGCCAAACUGGACAGUGGUACAGUGACAAAGUGCAACUUUGCUGGGGAUGAGAAUGCAGGAGCAUCUUGGACAGACAAAAUAAUGGCAAACAAAGCAGAUCGGGAGAGUACAGGGAAGAGUACAGGCCAAGGAGAGGGAGCAGAUGAUGACGAAUGGGAUGACUGAAUGGCACCCUUGAGGUUCCAGGAGUGGCUAUCACAGUGCCUUAAUCAUCUUUCCCACAAAUGUAUGAUCAUCAAGAAACAAGGUCUCACAGUUAUUAUUCAGAUGUAAUCAAUUAAAAAUUACAAUUAAUAUUCAUUUAAACUUGUAUUUUUUAUAGUUAUUUACCAGAUCAUAAUAUUUCUGAGUUAUUACUGUAUCAACACUUUUAUGUGUAAAAAUAACAAAUAACUAUUGUGUAAAAACACAGCACUUUAUUUAAUUGUUAAAUGUUUGAUAAAACAUAUUUGUCUCCUGGAAGCACUCCAUCACAACCUUUGACAAACAGUUUUCAGUUUCAUCAAUAUCACUGUAAUCAACUAAGUUAUGACUAUGAUUUAAUAAAAAUAUAUAUAUAUAUAUAUAUAUAUAUAUAUUUCAAAA